AUGUGCCAAACUUCUAGACCACAAGCCGAGCAAAUUGGUGGAGGAACAGAAGAAACUUCUACAACUGCUAGCCGACGGAGACGACAAGCUUAUAGAGAUGCUUAUUAUCCGAACACUAUCUGGGGAAGCACUGUGUAUUAUUACUUCGAUAGAACAGCCACAACCGCAAUAAAAAACGCUUUCCUGGGUGCGACACAAUUUUGGGCGAACAACACCUGCAUCAGUUUCGAAGAAAACAGGCUCAGCCCUAAUAGGAUUCGAGUCUUCAAGGGACAAGGCUGUUACUCGUACGUAGGUCGGGUGGGCGGUCAGCAGGAUCUGUCAUUAGGAACUGGAUGUGAAAGUCCUGACUACGUGGACCAGUUUGAUAAAGAAACUGCUGCAACCAACUACAAUUAUGGAAUGCCUUAUGACUACGGAAGCAUAAUGCAAUACGGAGCAACAAGCGCAUCCAGCAACGGUAGACCUACCAUGAUGGCAAGAGAUGAAGCCUAUCAAGAGACCAUGGGUUCUGAUAUAGUGGCAUUCUACGAUGUUUCGAUGAUGAAUGAGCACUACGAUUGUAAAGGUUAG